CUCUUUUAUUAUUUUUACUUUCUCUCAUGAGCAACGACUACUCUCCUCACUCCUUCACGAGACUGUAACCACUGUCGAGGCUCCGUUAACUCCUGUGCCGAACAAAGACCCGUUUAGUCCCGAGUUAACCACAGAACCUCUGUAAACAGCAAUGAAUCCCGAGGAGAGAACUCUUGUCGAAAUCUUAGAUGAGAAUAAGAAGAUCGACCUUGCCGAGUACAUAAACUAUGUUAGUGCCCCACAAGCUGGUGCCAUAGCCACAUUUUCCGGCACAACUCGCGACAGUUUUGAAGAUAAAACAGUGGUGGAACUAAGAUACGAAGCAUAUGUACCGAUGGCGGUUCGUAACCUCAAGUCUAUCUGUUACUCUGCUAGAUCAUCCUGGGAUCUCCGUUCUAUUGCGGUUGUCCACCGCUUAGGGACGGUUCCUAUAGGAGAAACAAGUGUGUUUGUUGCAGUAUCGGCUACUCAUCGUGCUGUUGCUUUAGAUGCAUGCAAGUUCUUGAUCGACGAGUUGAAGGCAUCUGUUCCGAUUUGGAAGAAGGAGGUUUAUUCUAACGGAGAGGUCUGGAAGGAGAAUGCGGAAUUUCUCGAGCGGAGGUCGGAACUCGGUAAGGAUGGGGGCUCUUGCCGAAGGAAGGUUGAGAUCGAGGCACAUGAUAAAAAGGGUUGUUUCAAAGCCAAGGUCAAGGUGGAAGAAGCUGCAGAUGCUAGCACUAGCUAAGGUAAUUAAAGACGAUCGUUCGAAUUCCGAGUUUAAUUCAGCCAGUUCAUGCGAUCAUUUUCUAGCUUAUGGACUCUUUUCCGUCUCGAAUAUCGAUUUCGAUAUCGAUUAUCGACGUUGAUCCCGAUUCGUAUCGUUUAUCAAUCAUCUAAUAUAUGCGCUGAACUAUGAAGUUGGACUAAUAUGGAAACAUUGGGCAAUGUAGCCUCCAAAUAAGAAUUUGAUGUUUUAUGGUA